AACGGUCAUUAGAAGCCAAAAACAGAUGUUAGAAGUAAUUCAUAUUUAUGUAGGCACAUGUGUGUAAUAAUUCAAUUUUCUUUCCAUAAAUCCAACAGCAAUAAACCACAAUAAAAACAACAACAACAGCAACAGCAACAAAGAGAACAAUGCCCUAGAUCGUAAAGAUAAGGUUGUGAACUAAAUGUAAAAGUCUCUUCUCCUUAAAAAGUAAAAAACAAAGCCCCAAAACUAUAAAACUCGCAAAUUAAAUAAAAACACUCAAACCAAAGAAAAACGGAAAUACUCGCAAAUUGUUUUUCGUCGUUGUUGCUGUUUUGCGGUCGCCAUGACGGAAACCAAACAACAGAAUUGCAACAUUAUUGAAAAUGGCCAUUCCAUUACAUCGAUUGAAAAGAACCGCAAGGACGAGAAUGAGUCCUCGGAAGGACCCACCGUAACCCUACCGAAUUCGGUUUUAAAUAAAUUAUUUACAACAUUUUAUGUCAAUCAAAGGCGCGAAGCUUUAAAAUGGUUCCUUUCAGCAUAUCUAUGCUUUAGUGUUUAUACUAUUGGUAUACCGGCUGAUCAAAUUAUACAGAAUAGAGCUUGCUAUAUUAUCCUGGAUGUUAUAGCAAUAUGUAGCUGGCUGACAAUGUUCGUGGCCAGCCGUUAUGAGAGGGCCAAAUCGAAAAAGCCUCUGCAUAUUGCCCUGCUAAUAGACAGUGCACCCAUCAUAGUGUUUAUAUGCUUUGUAAUACAUUUCAUUAUCUAUUGUGUUAAUCAGCAAAAGACCAUAUCGCCCAGGGAAUUAUUGGGCUGGUCAAUAUUAUUUAAUUUUUUGGUUCCAGUUAGCAUACCGGUAGUUCCUUAUAUGGGAUGUUGUAUGUGUUUUAUAACAUUUUUUGGUUACUAUAUUGUAAUCUAUUUGACAUCACGCGAUGAUCCCAUGUUCAAUGAAAUGUUAAUGGCGAAUAUGGUUUUAGUAUCGUCAGCUUUAAUAAUAGGUUUAAUCUACUAUGACAUGAAUGCUGCAAAGCAAAAGCGCGCCUUUUUGGAGGCCAAAAAGAGUCUAGAAGUCAAAAUGAUCAUCGAAGAAGAAUCUGCCGAACAGGAGCGUCUGCUGUUGUCAGUGCUGCCAAAGCAUGUAGCUGAGAAAAUGCGUCAAGAUUUGGGUUCGACCAGUUCGGAACCAUUUAAGAAAAUCUAUAUGAGUCGUCAUGAGAAUGUGAGUAUCCUCUAUGCUGACAUAGUUGGCUUCACUGCCAUAUCGUCGACAUACAGCGCCCAGGAUUUGGUAAAGAUGUUAAACGAACUGUUCGCUCGUUUUGAUCGAUUGGCCGAGAAAUACCAACAACUACGUAUAAAAAUUCUGGGUGACUGUUACUAUUGCAUUAGCGGAGCCCCAGACGAACGACCGGAUCAUGCUGUCCUCUGUGUGCACAUGGGUUUGUCGAUGGUUAAGGCAAUCAAGUAUGUGCAACAAAAGACCAAUUCACCUGUUGAUAUGAGAGUUGGAAUACAUACGGGUGCUGUCUUGGCCGGUAUAUUGGGGCAACGACAAUGGCAAUUUGAUGUCUAUUCAAAGGAUGUUGAGCUGGCUAAUAAAAUGGAAUCAAGCGGAAAGGCUGGACGUGUCCACAUUUCCGACAAAACGUUGGCAUAUUUGAAUGGUGAAUUCGAAGUUGAGCCCGCAUAUGGAGAGAAACGAGAAGAAGCCCUACGUAUUGCUGGGCUGAAAACCUAUUUCAUAGUCAAAGUACUGAAACCCUUCGCAUCACCCAGCGCCAAGAAAAUCAACGAAACCCAAACGAAUGCUGGCAACAACGAUAAUGAUGAUACCCUAGAUGAAGAGCUUCUCGCCACGGACAAGAACACAGAUGAUACAGCCAAAGAAAUUGACGAAACGGAAGUAUCCGACAAGGCAGCCCUGUUUAAGGAACAGCUCCACAAUGUCUUGAGAGAUCGCGAUUACUAUGCACACCUGGAUCAGGAUACCGAUUUUCUAUUGAAAUUCAAAGCGAAAGAAUCCGAAGAGGAUUAUGCCUCGUAUAGGGAACCGUAUUCAUCAUUACCUCUGAUUGCCGCAUUGAUAGUACAAAGUGUUGAUAUAUUUUAUUCAUUUUUAAUAUUGCCCAGAUCCCCCCUACACUUUGUGAAUAUAGCGGCGCCCUUGAUACCAAUUUUUAUGCUAGUUUUCAUUAGUGUGGCCGAAAGUUUUCCCGGUCAUUUGCCCGAUUUCUUUGUCAGCAUUAGCAAACGUUACAAUGACUUCACAUUGGUGCGUGAAUUGACAGCUGUCAUAAUAGUUUUGACACUAGGACUUAGUAAUAUUAUAGAUGAGUACUUCUUUGUGGCCUAUAUUAAAUCGGAGCAUAUUGUCACCGAAAGUGUAUUUAACAAAACGCAAAGUGAAGAAGAUUUCUUGGUCGCAGAACCGAUGAUUGAUGCAACACCGGAGCCACUGGACAACAUCAUGUAUCCAUCGUAUUUGAGCAAUUUUAGUGUACUCAUACUUAUAGCCACCACUGUAAUAGCUCAACUGACACAUUAUGUUAAAAUUAUAUUGUUAAUAUUAAUAACAGGUCUCCACUGGUAUUUCAAUAUAUACGUGCUCAACGAUUUAUACUCCCUAGAAGAUGAUUUGGCCUAUAAUCCAAUAGUACCAACUUGUCAUGUGAUGUCAGUAUCUCUGGUCCUAAUAACCGUUUCACUGGGCUUUUGGGCAAGACAUAUGGAUCGUGAAGAUCGUGUCAUAUUCAAAUGGAAACUUUUGGUUUCCGAACAAAAAGAGAGGGCCGAUGAUAUGCGUCGUCGUAAUGAAGCUUUGGUCUACAACGUACUGCCGGUCCAUGUGGCUGAGCAUUUUAUGAAGAACACCAAACGGUCUCAUGAUGAUUUGUACUCCCAGAGUUAUUCGGAGGUGGGAGUACUUUUUGCCAGUAUGCCAAAUUUCUCGGAUUUCUAUUCCGAAGAGACAGUCAACAAUCAAGGCCUAGAAUGUUUGCGAUUCCUCAACGAAGUAAUAUCCGAUUUCGAUGCGCUCUUAGAACUUCCCCAAUUCCAAGAUAUAAUAAAAAUAAAAACCAUAGGCUCUACAUAUAUGGCAGCCAGUGGCAUCAAUUUAAAUCGUGAUAUUAAACCCGGCGAUCCGAUAACGAAACGAUGGGCCCAUUUGGAUCUUUUGGUGGAAUUCGCCUUGGAACUGAAGAAGACGCUGCAAGAUAUCAAUGAACAAUCGUUUAAUCAUUUCGUUCUAAAGAUGGGUGUUAAUCAUGGCCCGAUAACGGCGGGAGUUAUUGGGGCCCGCAAGCCGCACUACGAUAUCUGGGGAAAUACCGUGAAUGUCGCCUCACGUAUGGAGAGUACGGGAAAAGCUGGGGCUAUUCAGGUGACUGAAGAGACUUGCAAUAUUUUGCAAGAAUUCGGUUAUUCAUUCCUUCAGCGUGGUCUGGUUACGGUUAAGGGCAAAGGCGAGCUAAUGACAUAUUAUUUAAGAGGUAAGUUCAAAAACAGGUAAAAUCUUCUAAUUUAUAAACUAACUAAUUUCAAACAUCCUACAGAUGACAUGCCCAAACAAACAGUUGCAAAUGUAAGUAGUAUUAAUGAAGCCACAGCGGAAACGGAAAUUCACUUGAAAAUGGAAUCAGAAACUGAUGGUGGGGGUGACAUAAAAACGCCACUACUACAAUUGUCUUCAGAAAAUAAAUGUCCAUCAAUGAAAGAUAUUAGUCCAGCCAAAGCCUGUGGCAAUGGCGAAAUGUCCACAGAGGAAGAUGCUUUGAUAAAUAACACAGAAAAUUUGUAAAGAAAGAACAUAUUGAAACAAAACAAAAAAGAAAAGAAGACACCACAAAAAUUACACCAAUUGAAAAAAAAAAACACACACAACGGCUGACUUUGAAAGCCAGUUAACAUUCCAAUUUACUAGUUAUAUAUAAACGAGUGCAUACAGAAAUAUAUACAUAGCAUAUAUUCAAGUAAAUAAAUAACAGUAGUUAGUAGGCAAAUCAAGUCUUAUCCUGUUCCUAUCCCACUUUCCACCAUCUCCGAACACAACCAAACAGUAUUGUCUAAUGAUUUUUGUAUACAAAAAAAGUUGUAGUCAAAACAAAAAGAAAAUUUAAAUAAUUUUAAUGUGAUUCUAUUGAUUAUCCCCUAAAUGUAUUAUUUGUUUUUAUAUAUGGUAGUAAAUAGUUAUUUUAAUUUUUUUAUCUAUUGUUAUUUAGUUAUAAAUUUUAAAGAAAACUCAACACUGCUUAGUUUUCAAGCAAAAACCAAAACCAAAAGAGAAAUCACUUGUUGUUUGACAAAAGGAAACCACGCAAAAACAAAAAUACACUAUUAACUAAGUACCUAAACUAAACAAUAUAUUUUAUUUUAAACGAACCAGAAGAAGAGAAAACAAAAACAAAAUACAACUCAAAAACUUUUGUGAAUAUUCAUGAAAAUGUUUAAAUCGUAAGAAGAAAAAAAUGAAAAAAAAAUCAGCAAUCAUUGCAAAUAAUAAACGUCCCCCAAUCCAAAUGCAAAAACAAAAUCACAAAAAUCAAAAACAACAACAACACUAAACCCACCUAAUAUCUCCAAUCGUAUGUAGAAAAAAGAAAAGAAAACACAGCGAAUAUAUAUCAGAAGAAGCAACAAAAAAAAUUGCAGCUGUCAAACAAAUAUACUAUUCUUUGUUUGGAAGAGAAGAUUGCAAUAUCAACAGUACACUAAAAUGAGAGACAUACAAUGAGGGAAACAAUCCUUCUCUUUUCUCUCUUAUUUUGGAGGGAAUUCAAAUGAAAAGAAACUACGUAGGAGUUUGCAAUUUUUAUUACUUUAUAUAUGGAA